AUGUCUUCUUCCUUCUCUCGGCUAUACAGGAUAGUUUUCCUUGCUUUCAGUAUACUUGGAGCUAUAGCUACCGACGACUCAGUCGAAUCUAGACCAGUCAUUGCGGAGACUGAAGCCAACACGUACUGGAUAGAUUCCUCUUGCACAACCAAAUUAGAUGACCCUAUACAGGAAGCAAUCUUGAUGGCAAGUAGAGCUGCUACCAGGCUAUUCGACGGUAAUGAUGCACUCGCGGGUGCAUAUCUCAAUCGACUAUUCAAGAUGCCUGGGAUAACUAGUGGUGCCAAAGAUGAAACGAGAUCAAUGGGUUGACAGUUUUGGGUAAGUCAAGUUAAUUGCGAUCUAAUGAACAUUGCCCAGAUUAUUUUUUCACUAAUUCCGUAAACUAGAUAACUUUCAGCUUAUCGCGGAACUCAAGCAGACGACGGAGAGAAGUGAUGCUAGAAUCAGGCUUUACUGCGACAAUGAUGGUGCACGCAAAGGAAGUUUAGCGAAACCGGGAGAAAAGGGAGCACGUUGGCAACUUACUCGCGAUCUUAAUAGACCAGGCAAGCAAAACAGCAAACGAAUCAUGGGUAAAAACCAAGAAUGGGAGGAGGUUGUUAAUGGUGUAAGAACGGAUAUCGACUGGGCUGUCUGCGGUUAUAAAAAUAAGUCGGCGAGAAUACAGUCAGAUCAUCUGGCGAUGACCGUUGGAGAAAAGGUACUGCCAGGCUAUCCAGGAGAAGUCUGGCCUCGUUUCGUUACUACAGUGAGUAUGGAUAUUUAUUCUCUCUCUAUAUCAAGUAUAACUGAUGAAGUGCUUUUUAAGGUCUGUGAUGUACAGUUCUCGAAUUUUCCAACAGUUGCACACCUCGCGGAUGAAAAUAAGGACUUUUCGGCAUUAACUAAAGGAAUCUUUGACUUGGAGUUGAUAACGAGUUUUAUCAUGCUACAUGAAGUAAGUUCAGACUGCAGUAGCCCACAAGUCUGAAAGAACAUUAUCUAACCACAAGCACAGUUUAGCCAUGCAUUCAAAAGUGAGAGGCAUUCCUUCUUGCAUACUCGUCCCCCUCUUUCCAAUUACUUACAACAGAAUUAGCGAAAGACCACAGGUAUCAAUGGGACGGCGCAUUAUCAGACGACGUUCCUGUUGAAAGAGCUUGGCAGAAUGCUGACAGUCUUGCUCUUUUUGGUUUAUUAUCGAUUCUUGCUGGUAUGGGUUGGAAACUCUCUGAUAUUGGGUCAAACCCUGGAUCACCAGCUUUUGGUCGUUUUAUAG